ACCGUACAAAUCUGUUCAACACUCCAAUUACGUGUCACCUCUGAUCAUCAUUAGAGACCAAAGUCGCUUAAAUCAGACGAGAAAAGCAUUUAAAACCGCCCUUUGUGAUACUUUAUUCCAAAGAAUAUGCUUCAAUCGGUAGCGGAAUUUGUCUUGCAAUAUUCACCGCAGUCGAGUCCACAGACGUUCUCAUCUCUCGUAUUGGUGACUGCUGCAAUCUUCUGCAUUGUGAGCGUCUUACUAAGCCUUGUUCGGCAAAGGAAACUUGCUGUUAAGUCAGUCGAUGGAGUACCGGGACCGGAUGGUCACUGGCUGAAGGGACAUCUUGAUUACGCACGGUUUGACGGAGCUGGACUUCAAUUCCACGAGAAAUGCACUGAAGAAUUCAAAACUUGUUAUCGCCUGUGGUUUGGCCCACUCAAGCCAUUAGUAGUCCUUUGUCACCCGGAAACAGUCAAAGUCAUUCAGUCCAGUAAUGCACCCAAAGAAAAGCUUGUGUACAACCUUGUCAGACCAUUCAUUGGAGAUGGCUUGGUAACUUCAUAUGGAGACAAGUGGUUUCGAAUGAGAAGACUCCUCACUCCGGCUUUCCACUUUGAGAUUCUCAAGCCAUACGUUCGAGUUUUCCAGGAAUCUACCGAUGUCCUUCUGGAAAAAUGGUCUUCUCAGCAGGGUGGGGAAGUGGAGUUGUUUCAUCAUGUUAGUCUGAUGACAUUAGACUCCGUUCUCAAAUGUGCACUCAGCUACAGAACCAACUGCCAGACUCAAAAAAAACAGGACCCUUACAUUGUGGUUGUUUAUGAAGCCUCGGGUCAGAUUUUGGACAGACUGAUGAAUCCCCUCAUUCAUAAUGACACCAUCUAUAAGCUGACGCCUGACGGAAGAAGGUUCUUUAAGAACUGUGCGUUUGUUCAUGCAAAAGCAGAUGGAAUAAUAAAAGCCAGGCGUAAAGCUCUACAGGAUGACGAGGAGAAGGAGAAACUCAGGAAAAAGAAGCAUUUGGAUUUCCUUGAUAUUCUACUGGAGGCAAAGGACGAAAAUGGAAGCAGCUUAACAGACGAAGAAAUAGUCGGAGAAGUCGUGACAUUCAUGUUUGCAGGGCACGACACCACGGCAAGCGUUAUUUCGUGGACUUUGUACAAUUUGGCGAGAUUCCCUGAGCACCAAAAGAAAUGCCUGGAGGAGAUUGAAGAAGUGUUUGGAAACAGUCAUGAGAUAGAGUGGAAGCAGCUCGGCAAACUGAAAUAUCUCCUCAUGUGUAUCAAGGAGAGUUGUCGGUUAUUCGCCCCAGUCCCCAUGAUCAGUCGAACAUUGGACAGGACCUAUGAAAUUGAUGGCCAUUUGGUUCCGGAAGGUACUUGGGUGAUGACCAACGUCUACGCUUUACAUCUUAACCCACACGUGUGGAGAGACCCUAAGAAGUUCGACCCACUGCGCUUCACGACUGAAAACGCUAAAGAAAUGUCACCAUAUGCCUUCAUACCGUUUUCGGCUGGUCCAAGGAACUGCAUUGGACAAAGCUUUGCCUUGACGGAAGUCAAACUGUCUGUAGCUAUGAUCAUACGCAAGUUCAAGUUAUCUGUCAAUCCUGACAAUUACGUGCCAAUCGAAGACAUGAUUCCUGAGCUAAUUUUGCGAGCUAAGAAUGGGAUAAAAGUCAAUAUUGCCCCUCGAGCUUAAAGAAAACACACACACACACGCACCACACUAUAGCAUUCGCUAUAACUUACGAUCAUUAGAUUUACUUGCAAGAUUUCAACGAAAGGGUUCUUCAUACAACUACUACAUUUGCUGUCAAGUGUUCUAUAUAAACAUGUUUCGCAAAACCGUUGCAAAUAGUCAAAUGAGUGCCGUAAAUACUGAUUACGGAUAUAGUAAGUAGAUGUACAACGAGGUUUCACGCAUUUUAAACCAAAAUAAAAUAUCUCCAUGGUCGA